AGAUUUUUUAAGGAUAUAUGUGCCGAAAUCUUUUUGUAUUCUCAAUUUCAAUUAGAAAUAAAUGAAAAUAAAAUGAUGUAAUCCUAAUUCAUACAGUAGAAAUGGAGUGUAGUUCUAUACCAGUAAGACUGCAUAAUUGAUUUUACUAUUCCUGUUCCGUAUCACAAAUUUCUUUCACAGAAACCAGAAUACAAAUCUUUGUAUUUUGUAUUCAGUGAUUCCAAUUUUUACAGGCACACCGCACAAUCUCUCUCCUCCCCUAUCUAGGGUUAUACCCAUCUCAAUUCACAGAUUGUUUUGCCCAAAAUGCAAUCCUAAUGCAAUUCACAGAUUGGAUAAAAUUUAUGACAAAUGAGGGAUGAAUAGGAAAAGGGUUUCAGAGAUUUGAUUAUUGUUCAAGAAAGUGAAAAAUGGGUGAAAAUCAAAGGUUCCAGCUUGGAACCAUUGGUGCAUUAUGUUUAUCAGUGGUUUCAUCAGUUUCCAUUGUUAUUUGUAAUAAAGCUCUGAUCAGUACACUUGGAUUCACUUUUGCCACUACCUUGACCAGUUGGCACCUUCUAGUCACAUUUUGUUCGCUUCAUGUUGCACUAUGGUUGAAAAUGUUUGAACAUAAGCCUUUUGAUCCAAGAGCGGUGAUGGGAUUUGGCAUAUUGAAUGGAAUAUCAAUUGGACUAUUAAAUCUUAGCUUGGGAUUCAAUUCUGUUGGUUUUUACCAGAUGACAAAACUGGCCAUUAUUCCAUGCACUGUCCUUUUGGAGACACUCUUCUUUAUGAAGAAAUUCAGUCGGAGUAUCCAGUUUUCACUGGGCAUCCUUCUUUUAGGGGUCGGCAUUGCUACCAUAACUGAUUUGCAGCUCAAUCUCCUGGGUUCUGUUUUGUCACUGCUUGCCAUUCUGACAACCUGUGUUGCUCAAAUUAUGACAAAUUCCAUUCAAAAGAAGUUCAGGGUUUCCUCAACUCAGCUCUUGUAUCAGUCCUGCCCUUACCAAGCAAUAACUUUGUUUGUUUUUGGCCCAUUUCUUGAUGGACUUUUAACAAAUAAAAAUGUUUUUGCUUUUAAUUUUACCCCCAAAGUUUUGGCCUUCAUCGUCUUAUCCUGCCUGAUUUCCAUCUCCGUAAAUUUCAGCACAUUUCUCGUGAUUGGGAAAACUUCAGCAGUCACUUAUCAGGUUCUUGGACAUUUAAAGACAUGCUUAGUUUUGGCCUUCGGCUAUGUAUUACUUCGUGAUCCAUUCAGUUGGCGCAACAUCCUUGGUAUUCUUGUUGCUGUUGUUGGAAUGAUCUCGUACUCUUAUCAUUGUAAUGUAGAAAGCCAGCAACAGAAGGCUUCUGAAGCAUCAGCGCAGAUUUCCCAGGCAAACGAAAAGGAUACAGAUGCGUUGAUUGCAGUGGAAAAUGGAUCUUCAAUCUUGGCUGAUGGUGUUGUGCCGAAAGUGCCUGUUUGGAAUUCAAGCAAGGACGUGGACGCUUGAGGGUUUGUUUGUUAGCCUUAUGCCCGAUUCAAGUCCUAUAUUUUCUGGCUGAUGGGUUUCAGUAAUGAAGCUGUUGCUGUAAGCAAGUCACUAUAUUGCACAUUUUAGCUUGCUAUUUUACUUAAAACUUUAUAUAUAGUUAAGGAAGAUCCCUUGUUCAUGUAGGCAGUUUUGUUCAUUAGCAAAUAUAUGAAAUUUGAGAAUGAUAUAGGUAUAAACUUUUUGGGAGAUAUUAUUAGAUGUUCUUUGACAGUUGGAUGAUA